AUGCCCGAGGUGAAGCGUCUCACGAUGCAGAGACGCCUGCUUGCCAACUGUGUCGGACCCGCAAGCUGCGCUGUUCCAGAGAAGUUCCGUCUUGUUCUCGCUGUAUUCGACUUGUGUGUGAUUGACCAUGUACCAGGUGCUUCGUGUCACUAUGAUUAUACACGGAACAAACCGGGGGUGAAGAUUGGCAUCAUUCAAACGUUGUCUCAACGAGUAGGUGUGUGGUCAUCAACCCUUACACCCUGCAUCGAUUCACUAGAAGCCGAGUUGAAGUCAGUGAAAGCGCAACAACAAGCUGCGAGCAGCAUAUUGAGCCCACCAAAUGCAGGAAGCAAUGCGAAUGCUGUUCGAGACUUGGUCUCUUCUUUGAUGCAAGAGUGGCGCGAGACUCAUGAUUCUCCGUGCCAGCCUCAACAUCCCUUGACUCAACCGACUGUAGAGGCUGAUGCAAACCCCCAGUCAAUAAGUCCUGCUCUGGCGACUCCACAUCACCCACCAUCAAAUAAAAGAAGAUGCCCUGAUACUGAUAUCAGAGAAGGCAGCAGCCCAUCAGCAGCACAUUUUCCCCCGGAUAAUCUUCUCAACGCCCUCCUUGAUGCUUACUUCUCCGUUGUGCAUCCAUUUAUUCCUAUGCUCCACGAGAUGGUUUUUCGAUCUCGCCUACGUGACCCAACGGAGAGGCCUAAACUUAUCGUCUUGAUUCAUGCCAUGAUGGUUUGUGCGCUAAGAUACGUGGCAAAUGAGCGAUUGGCAGAAGAGUGGCUACAAUUGCAGCCUGAUUCUUUAAAGAAAUCGCGAGAGCUCGUAGUCCUAUCCGCAAUGGAAGGAAUGUCUGUAGAAAACGUUCAAGCCCUUUUACUCGUGGCUUUUGUGCAUAUAAGCGAUGGUGAUGCAAGAAAGGCUUGGCCGAUGGUAGGAACACUUGCUCGGGCCGCGGUCUAUCUCGGGCUUCAUGCCGAGCCAGAAGAAGACCAGCCAGGUGAACGUUGCCUGACUUCAUUCCGCUCUUUGUCAUCGGCGCAAGUUUGGACAGAGGCCGAGGAGCGAAGACGCGUUUUUUGGAAUAUCUUUCUUCUGGACCGAUUCUGUUCUACGACGACAGGAUGGAAUAUAAGUCUCUCUAUAGAAGAUGUUCAAGUCAGACUUCCCAGUGAUGGACUCUACUGGGUGAAAGAGGAACCGGUCACUACCCCAUUCUUCAAUAUCUGGAACAACUCAGAGGGAAAGAUAGGGAAAUCUGUUUCUUUCCUGCCAAGCUAUCUUUCCUCGCUUGCUGAUAAAGAAGUACCGCAAUCGGGACGUGUCUCUCUGGCGCCAGAAGCGCGAAAGCCAGACGCUUCAACCAUAGGAUCAUUCGCUCACUGUGUGGAGGCUACGGAGUCCCUCAAUCGGGUUGUAAAAUUCUUUCUUCAGCAGACGGUCAAUUUUGGAAAAAGACGAGAAUUUAGCGCAUGGUUGACAAGAUUCAAAGAGUUGGACCUUCAGCUGAUUCAAAGAAGUUUACAGAAAGCUGACCUAUCUUAUUUCAGCUGGAAAAUGUUUCUGCCGCGACGAUGGAAAGACUCAAACAUCUCGAAAGAGCCGGCGUUCGUUCAUAUGGACCCUAAUCUUACCCUAGCACACAUCACUCACAACACCUCCAUGAUUCUGUUGCAUCAAUGUAUCGCAUAUCCUCGUGCGAAAAUUCUCGAGAAGUUGAGGUUGGCAAACACAGGGAGCGUUGAAACCUGUCAACUUGCAGCAUCCGAGACAGCCAACAUCGUUCAAAAGUACAUGCAAUACACACCCUUUGUUGGUUUGGUCAACCCCCAGUUCUCAUUUUGUACAUUCAUUAGCGCCCGCGUUAUUCUCGUGCAUGCCCAUAUUCACCGUACGGAAAUACCUGAGGCCUAUGGGGUUUUACUAUCCAGCCUACAGCAAAUGUCAGACCGCUGGGUGUCAAUGAAUCCAAACCUCAAAUUGAGAUCGGAAACAAGGAACUUUGCCGAGGGUCUAAUUUUACAACUCCGAACUGUCGCAGAGAAAAUUGGAUCAUUCUCGUUUGACAUAGCCGCAUCUGAUUAUAUUGCUGAGGUGAAUUCUGCUCUAGGCAUGGAAGCCCCAGCCACCAAUACAGGACAAAGCCAGUGGAUUCAAGAACGUCGUGCACAGCAACGCCAUAGUAUCAUACCCGUCAAUGCAAGACAGUCGCAUUACAUGGAUACAAAUCGACUGCUUCGUGGAGCUGAUCAACAGAGUCCUCUUGAUCCGAUUGUUGCACCACCGUUAAGACCUGUGCAAAGCGAUGGGAUCCAGCCCGGAAAUUUCAGAUCGAUGCAGCCUAUCGAAGUCAAUCCAUCACGCUCGCAAUUUGAGCCUCCAAAUCAAGACAGAGAUAUUGCGCUCGAUGGUCUAUUUCCGCCCACCGACCUUACUCCCUCCUCCGGUGAUGGUCUAGAUGGAUUUGCUCCUUUGUCCAACUUCUUGUUAGACCCACAAUUUGUUGACAUGGACCGCAUUAUCAGCUUUCAGGAUUCGUUCAGGCAAUAUUAG